CUCUCUCUCUCUCUCUCUCUCUGGCUGUCUCCCCCGCUCUCUGAGCAGGCAGUGGUUUUGUCCUGUGUGCUCACAGCGCUGUUGUUGUGCAGAGCUGAAGGCCUGAGAGAGAGUGAAAGAGAGAGAGAGCGUGGGAGCUUCUGUGUGCGUUUCGCCGCUGUUCAGGAACCAGCAACAGGAAGCAGAGAGAGAAGGCCAGGACAGAGGAGAGUGAAAAGAGAAGGAAGGGAGAAGCGGAGGAGAGGAGUCUGGAUUCAAACACAGCUCUGCGCUUUGCUCCUGGACUGCUGUCCUCCAUCCUCCAGGCUCCUCAGAGAGAGAGAGGAAGGGAGGGAGGGAGGCGUUCGCCCUCCCCGCACACUGACACACAAUACAGGCAGAGACGUGUGAGAGGGAGCAGAAGGAGAGAGAGAGAGCUUGUUUUGUCGUUCCCUGCCUCUCCGUCGCUCGUCGGCGAGUGAGUGGCCCACUGGCUCUGCUCAUGUCAGUGAACUCGGAGAAAUCCUCUUCCUCUGAAAGGCCUGAGACGCAGCAGAAAGUGCCAUCGGCUCCCCCUCCUCCUCCACCCCCACCGCCCCCUCCUGAGGCUGUGGCCCCCCCGGAGCCAGAGGAGGAGAUCCUGGGCUCCGACGAUGAGGAGCAGGAAGACCCUGCAGAUUACUGCAAAGGAGGGUACCAUCCGGUGAAGAUCGGGGACCUGUUCAACGGGAGAUACCAUGUGAUCCGAAAACUGGGGUGGGGCCACUUCUCCACCGUGUGGCUGUGCUGGGACAUCCAGGGGAAGCGCUUUGUGGCCAUGAAGGUGGUGAAGAGCGCUCAGCACUACACUGAAACUGCACUGGAUGAGAUUAAACUGCUGCGCUGCGUACGGGAGAGUGACCCUAGUGACCCCAACAAGGACAUGGUCGUUCAGCUGAUAGAUGACUUCAAGAUCUCAGGAGUCAAUGGAAUCCAUGUCUGCAUGGUGUUUGAAGUCUUGGGUCAUCACCUCCUCAAAUGGAUCAUUAAGUCCAACUACCAGGGUCUGCCUCUGCCCUGUGUGAAGAGCAUCAUCCACCAGGUGCUGCAGGGCCUGGACUACCUCCACAGCAAGUGCAAGAUCAUCCACACGGACAUCAAGCCGGAGAACAUACUCAUGUGCGUGGACGACGCCUUCGUGCGCCGGAUGGCCGUGGAGGCCACGGAGUGGCAGAAGGCCGGGGCCCCCCCUCCCUCCGGCUCCGCAGUCAGCACCGCCCCCCAGCUCAAACCGGUGGGGAAGAUCUCCAAGAACAAGAAGAAGAAGCUGAAGAAGAAGCAGAAGCGGCAGGCGGAGCUGCUGGAGAGGCGCAUGCUGGAGAUCGAGGCGCUGGAGCGCGAGGCGGAGAAGCAGCGGGCCAGCGAGGGCCCGCAGCCCCGCCCCGCCCCGACGGCCCCGCCCGCCCCGGGCCUCGCCCCGCCCGACAGCGAGGAAGAGGAGGACGAGGAGGAGGAGGACGAAGAGGAGGACGAGGAGGAGGAGGGAGAAAAAGGAGAGAGAGAGAGGCCUACUAGGCUCACCAAUCACACCUGUGCAGCCCCAGAGCAGCAGUUGCAGCGUGAGGAUUCACAGGAGGGGAACCUGCACUCUGAGAAAGAGAGCUCAGCAGCAGCUGCAGAGGAGGGAGAAGAGAAGAAGGAUGAGGAGGAAGAGGAGGAGGAGGAGGAUGAAGAUGAGGAAGAAGAGACAACGGCAAAACAAGAGUCUGCAGCCCCUGAAAAAGAGGCGGAAAAAGAGAAUACAAAGAAGGAAGUAGUGAAAGAAGAAAAGUUGGAGAAAGUGAAGGGAAACGACAGUAAAGGAGAAGAAGAAGAAGAAGAAGAAGAAGAAGAGGAGGAGGAGGAAGAAGAUGAUGACGAUGAGGAUGAUGAAGAGGAGGAGGAGGAUGCUGAGGAUGCUGGAGGAGACCCAGUGAGCCGUGCCAGUCCUGCACUGACGGUCACAUCCAAAGCCAACGGGCACGUGGUGCCCGGGUUCCAGCAGCGCGGCGUCAGCGCGGCUCCACUCUGCCCCCUGGUGGAGUCCGAGAUCAGCGCCACCGACCGGGACGGGUCAGUCAGCUCCUCUUACGAGCUCUUCAACGGGGAGACGCCCGCCCUGGCCAACGGGGGGCGACACCGAGGCACCUCGCCACGCUUCCCCGAGCUGCCCCUGGACCCCACGUCCAGAGCCCCCCCCGACAGCGUCACAGCGCCCCCCCUGCACAGCCCCCCCGCCGACCGCAGCCGCACCGUGUCCUCCUCCAGCACCGGGGACACGCCCAAAGCAGCAGCAAAGGCCCGAGCAGCAGACCUGCUGGUGAACCCUCUGGACCCGCGUAACGCCCACACCCUGAGGGUGAAGAUCGCUGACCUGGGCAACGCCUGCUGGGUGCACAAGCACUUCACGGAGGACAUCCAGACGCGGCAGUACCGCGCCAUCGAGGUCCUGAUCGGGGCCGGCUACAGCACCCCAGCCGACAUCUGGAGCACUGCCUGCAUGGCCUUUGAGCUGGCCACCGGAGACUACCUGUUUGAGCCCCACUCUGGGGAGGACUACUCACGGGAUGAAGACCACAUAGCCCACAUCAUUGAGCUGCUGGGGUGUAUCCCGAGGCAAUUUGCACUCUCCGGAAAAUAUUCCCGGGAAUUCUUCAACCGCAGAGGUGAGCUGAGGCACAUCACCAAGCUGAAGCCCUGGUCACUGUUUGACGUGCUGGUGGAGAAGUACGGCUGGCCGCCUGAGGAGGCGGGGCACUUCACCAACUUCCUCCUGCCCAUGCUGGAGAUGGUGCCAGAGAAGAGGGCCUCCGCUGGGGAGUGCCUCAACCAUCUCUGGCUCAGCUCAUAGCGCUGCCCCCCUGUGGUAGCCUCCAGAACUGCUACACGUCACACAGACUGGAGAGAGGGAAAGGGAAGGAGGAAGGGGGAGGGGAGGGUGGGGUGGGGGUAAGGGGGUGUGAUUUGCCCCUUUGAACUCACCCCCAUGCACACCCUUGGGCAGAUUUACACGCAGAAGCUGCCCAGUGAGGAGCCCUUCUGUCACACGCCGAAAAACCAGGCGCCCGACACCUCCACCCACCACUCCGCGAGUCUUAGCAGGAGGGAAGCUCUUACCCAGUCAGUUCCUGUCUUCCCACUCUGCUCCCCGUCCCACCCCCACCCCUGACAGAUCAGUUCCACCCCCACUCAUUAAGCCAGGGUACGUGAGGACACGAGCCCUGGGUGAGGUAGAAGGCAGCAUGCACAUUAGCCUAGCGGAGUGGAGCAGUGUGCGGGAGCGGAAGAGGGGUGGACCUAAACCCCUGAGACUAACAGGGGAAGUGAUUUUGUCAUGAAAACAUCUCCUCUCUGAGGGUAGAGGAAGAGCAGGAGUACAGCAACCUAAGACACACAGAGACACUUCUGUGCGUGGACCUCCCACCAGUAGAGGGAGCUCCAGGCAUAGAGGACACUGCGAGAGGGCACGUUGUUUGUGUCCAGUAGGCUCAGCUCUCCUGAACUGUUUGAAAAGUGGGAACUGGACCAGUAUGUAUGAGUGUGUAUCUUUAACUGAGCUGCUGGCCAAAGUGGUGCAAUAGCCCCGGUUCAAUUCACAAGACUGACCCACCUCCCGUUUACUUUAACAGCUUUUCCCCCCAAGAUAUAGUACCAGAACAUAAGCCUCUUUCACUGUUGUCUUAACAUGACAAUGUCUUUUAACUACACUUUUUAAAAAAACAAUAUCCAGUCAGUUGCGCCAUAGAGGUGAUUGAAUUGAGUUUGUGUUCUGCUGAGGCUUUGAGGAAGAGAUGCAGAGGCCACCCCCCCCCCCUUUCUCUCUCUCUCUCUCUCUCUCUCUUCAGCUCCCUCCCCCUCUCUCUCCUGCGCACUGUAGCCCUACACAGGCAGCGCUGCCCAACCGUUUACAGCCCCCACCCCUGCUCUCAGCUCCACGCCACAUUCCAGGCCCCCUGCAGAUGGGAGGGGGGGACCCCUGGGCACCAGGGGGCGCCAGAACAGCUGGCUCUCACGCAGAGGGCAGGGGAAGGAACAGAGAGUCUCUCUUCUUACCGACCGCUUUGUCUGUGCGAGAUUUCUGCUGUAAGGAUUGUGAAUGCAGGGACACACAGAUGGGCAGAUAGACGUUGUACUGAAGAGGCAGUUGGGUUUGUUCCUUUCAUCGGUUUGUUUUUCCGUUGCUCGCUUCUUCCCCCCGUGUACCAGGAAGAGGCCCACGCUGUCCGUGGAGCCGGGACUGAGGACGUCUCACUGCCUGCUCCGGCACUAAGACCCUCCACUUCCCAGGCCCUAUCACGUCCCUACACCUCUGUUCCUCUUUUAAAACGUGCAGUUUCGAGCUCUCAAGCAGCUUCUCCUAAAAUACCCCUCCCCCCUGCUCCUCGAACCCCACAUUCUUGACCUCACUUCCCCUGAAGUGGUUUCAAAAUGGAGGUUGCGCUCGUCUGUACAUUUGUUCAGGGAUUAACUUUGUACAUAAUGCUGGGACACUGAUGCGCCAGAUGGAGUACGGACCGAGAACGCUCGUCAUUCCCAGGGUGGAGGUACAAGCCUCGCCAGCACAAGGUUGCCGUGGACACCCAGUUAAUUAAUGCCCACCCCCGUGCUGAACAGAAACAGGGGUCUGUGGUGGCACAGAGCUGGCGGAACCUCCAGUUGCACCCCCGGUGGCCAGAUAAGGUACUACAUUCCCUGCACAUUACAGCUCAGUGCCAACAGCUCUUCCACUCCACGCCUCACUCAUCACUGUUCAGUUGCCUAUUUUCGCAAUAAAUAAAUUAAUAUAAAUAGAUGGUGAAAUAUUUUUCAAACAAAUGUAUUCGUUUAAAAAAGGGAGAAAAAAAAAUCUGAAAACUGGUGUUGUGACAGUGACCGAAUCUCGUCCCCGUUGAGGUGAUUGUGUUCUGUCUGUUAGCUGUGUUUUUCUUUUGUAACUGUUAAAAUUAUUAGUUAUUUUUUACUUUGACGUCACACCCUCCCCUCCCCCUCCCCCUCAUGAACAGUGCUGCUGUUUUUGGACAUGUGUGAUGGUGGUAAAUAUUGAUCAAAUGUUUUUUGCAAUAAUAGUAAUUAUAAUGAAUUUUUUGCACCAAAUGCUCCUGAUCUCACUCUUUCAGCCAUGCCGACUGUUCUUCCUGACAUCGAGCGAAUCGCGUCUCUUCUCGUCUGUGUUUUUCAUUGACAGACUUAAUAAAACUGUAAAUGGAAGGAUGGUU